AUGGCUGCGCCAACCAACAACAAGCCGUCGUCGGCUUCCCAGACCCCGCCUAACAAUGCCUCUUCUAGGCUAGAGAGAACUCAUCCUGGCAUUCGUCGUUCGACCCCUGAUUCCGAAGCUCUAGCUUCUUCCGACGAUGAUGUCGAGCAUUCCCUACCUGCACCUUCUACAAACAUGCCUGUACAGAAGCCUGCACGCCGGACCUCUUGGCUCAACGAGAUCCCUACUGCCAUGCCUCGAAAGGGCUCAAUUACUGGGGCCCCUUUGUCCUCGGGAGCUUCCAACCCUACCAGUCCUGCUACUGACCAAUCCGCAUGGCAAACCAGCACUAGCCCCGGAUUGAACAGCUCCAUUACUUGGAAUAACGUUGGCAAUACUUCAUUUCCGUGGGGUACCGGAAUCUGGAAUACCGAUUCUCGCAAAGAACCCCCGCCUCGUCUUUCCGAGAUUGUUCCGUCCCCCACAAUGUCUAAUCCGUCGACUUCGAGCAACUAUUUGGCCGAAGAGCUCCUUAGUCCAACCACUAGGACUUCUGGUGACUCCUCUAUCCCGUUCUCUAUUCCGCUUCACCCGACACCCAAAACCUACCGCUCACAGUCGUACUCUGUGGGUCAGCUAGAUCCUGAGUAUCUAGGUUUGAAUGCUGGCAGUAAGCCAGCGAAUGCAUACGCUGGUGCUCGUCCUAGAAAUGGAGCGCAGUUUUCUGCACUGCAGCAUCGUUCUUCGCGUCCAAGUUUGCUUGGAGAGCUUGGUCACGACCCCGCUACCCUGGGCCGUGUACGUGAAGAUGAGGAUGAUGGCGCUGAGAGCCCUGGUGGAUCAGACGGUAGCUACGGCAAUUAUAACGCCAACCAAGCUCGUACAAUUGAGCAACUCUCGCGAGAGAAUGCUCUCCUACGCCAGGCAGCCGGACAAAUGGACACUCCUCCAUACAGGGAUCGCGCCAUGUCAACUGCAUCGGCAACUAGCGGAUAUGCAGUUGGCGGUGGUAUUCGUAACUCGCAUCGCAUUCGUAGCAGCGUGCCGGAGGAAGCGGACCUUGCUGUAGAGGAUCUCGAUGAGGUGGGUAACAUUCCCGGCUACCAUGAUAUGUAUAGCAACACCAGAAGGAGAUUCUCCGAACAUUCGGCCAAUUUGGAGAAACAAUUCUCUGGGUUCUCGCCUGCGGAGAACCGUGCUCUGGGCGAUCUGAGGAAGGCACACUGGCAGACUUCUCUUGGGUUUGGUAGCCUCGCAGAUAUUCCCCAGAGUCGGCGUCACUCGUUCGCCGAGAUACCGAUUCGCCACCCAUCUAUCUCUGGAGACUCCCAGGUAACGAACACCGCUCGAGUUGGAUUAGGCGAGAAGGAUGAGAACUAUGCCAAUAUCAACGACGGUUCUAUUCCGAAUGCUCCAGGCCAAAAUCGUGAGUACCAGCGCCUUGCUAUGCUUUCUCGCCCCGAGGAGGAACAAAUGGAAACGGAAUAUUUACGAGCUCGUCGCUUUGCAGAAUCUUAUUUUGCUCGCGAUCAAUCUAUUCGCAACACCGUCGAUUCCCAAUCCCCAAUCACAACUUCUUUCCACCAAGGCUACAACCCAUAUGGUCGCCACCAACCUGCCCUCCCGCAUCAGAACCAGCUACUUUACAUUGUGACCUUCAAGUGCCACCGCGCGGACGUUUUCUACAUUCAAGAGGAUACCGGCCUUCAAGUGAAUCCUGGAGAUCUGGUCAUUGUAGAGGCAGACCGCGGUACUGACCUUGGAACUAUUCAGCACGCCAACAUUUCACUGCAGAAAGCACGAGAGUUGAAACAGAAAUAUGCUGAAGAGCAUUACAAAUGGUUGAUGAUGUUUUCUAGGCAAGGCCAAAGCGGUGCCGCAAGUGCAGCUGGCGCGCAGGGAAAUGCGUCGAGCUUGGGUGGCCGGAGCGCCAUUGGUGGCAUGGGACCUCACGGCGCACACGGAGUACAGGAACCUGCUGGUGAAAUCAAACCGAAGCUGAUCAAGCGACUUGCGCAAAACCAUGAGAUCCUGACCCUGCGCGACAAAGAGGGAAAUGAAGCGAAAGCCAAGCGUGUCUGCCAACAGAAGGUUGCAGAACACCGACUGAACAUGGAGAUUCUUGACGCCGAAUUUCAAAUGGACUGGAAGAAGCUUACAUUUUACUACUUUGCCGACUCGUACAUCAAUUUCAACGCCCUUGUUACCGACCUUUUCAAGAUCUACAAAACUAGAAUUUGGAUGUCCGCCAUUAAUCCGGCGUCAUUUGUCACACCUCCAACUGCUGGCAUUCAGAGCCCCAAUCCUCUCGGAUACGGUCAGGAUGCUCAAGGUGACCGUCCCCACCAGCGUGACGCUAGAGCAUUUGGCAAUUCCCGCGACGGUAUAGAUGCUGGACGGGAUGGUGUUGCCAACCAGAUGGGCCUGCUACGCAGUGGAUAUGGAGACUCCUAUCAGCAAUUCGGCCAUUCCCCUCGUCAGCCCGAAGCUGGCCUGGGUGGACUGGGCUCCGUUGAUCCUUUCACCUCCUACCCGGCCGGUGGGUACGGUGCACUGGAGCCAGGAUAUACCGAUUAUACCGGGACCUCUGGCGUUAACAAUGGGGCUUCUCCGUCCCACACACAACCUCCUCAAGAGAUCUCUCUCUCGAACUUUUCCAGCUGUGACAACCGACGACGACAAGCCGACGACCUCCACGCCGACAAGAUGGGUGCCCUCAAGUACGUUGAAGAGAUUCAAAAGAAGAAGCAGUCCGAUGUGAUUCGCUUCCUUCUGCGCGUCCGCUGCUGGGAGCUCCGUCAGUUGAACGCUAUCCACCGUGCUUCCCGUCCUUCUCGUCCCGACAAGGCUCGUCGUCUCGGCUACAAGGCUAAGCAGGGAUAUGUUAUCUACCGUAUCCGUGUGAGACGUGGUGGCCGCAAGCGCCCCGCCCCCAAGGGUGCCACCUACGGUAAGCCCACCAACAUGGGUAUCAACCAGCUUAAGUACCAGCGUGCUCUCGCUGCUACUGCUGAGGAGCGUGUCGGUCGCCGUUGCGCCAACUUGCGUGUCCUGAACUCGUACUGGAUCAACCAGGACUCCACCUACAAGUACUUCGAGGUUAUCCUCGUUGACCCCCAGCACAAGGCUAUCCGCCGUGAUGCCCGCAUCAACUGGAUCGCCAACCCUGUUCACAAGCACCGUGAAGCCCGUGGUCUCACCGCUACCGGCAAGAAGUCCCGUGGUAUCAACAAGGGCCACCGCUACAACAACACCUCGUCCGGUCGCCGCCACACCUGGAAGCGCCAGAACACCCAGAGCUACUGGAGAUACCGUUAA